ACCUGACCGACCUCCCAACGUACACCCAAUCAAUUAAUCAAUCUGCUUGGUACCAGUAGAUGGAGCCUCACAUGGAGACGGCGCUGCGUCAGGGAGGCCUAUCGGAGCUGGAGCAGCGGGAGCUAGAGCCCGUGGUGCGGGCGCACCACACGUUCCCGGGGCGAUCGCCGGGGACGACGUGCACGUCGCUGGUGACGCAGCGCGUGGACGCGCCGCUGUCCGCCGUGUGGCCCAUCGUGCGCGGGUUCGCCGCGCCGCAGCGGUACAAGCACUUCAUCAAGUCGUGCGACCUCAGGUCCGGCGACGGCGCCACCGUGGGCAGCGUCCGCGAGGUCACCGUCGUGUCGGGCCUCCCGGCCUCCACCAGCACCGAGCGCCUCGAGAUCCUCGACGACGACCGCCACAUCCUCAGCUUCCGCGUCGUCGGCGGGGAUCACCGCCUCCGCAACUACCGCUCCGUCACCUCCGUCACCGAGUUCCACCACCACCACCAGGCGGCGGCGGGACGGCCGUACUGCGUCGUCGUCGAGUCGUACGUCGUCGAUGUACCCGAGGGGAACACGGAGGAGGACACGCGCAUGUUCACCGACACCGUCGUCAAGCUUAACCUCCAGAAGCUCGCCGCCAUCGCCACCUCGUCGGCGGCGGCGGCGGCCUCCAAUUCCUCCACCUAGCUAGUUCGUUGCUUGUGUACUACAUACAAAUGCCUGCAUGGUGACGAUCGAUUAUGCUUAUUCUUGAUUGCUUUUCAUUCUCGAUCGUUUUUCGUUUUCUCUUUGGAACAAACAAGAAGCUAGAGAGAGAAAAUGUAUUAUUUGUCCAACAGAUUGCCUCUUUUUUUUCCUUCUUUAUUCAUCCUCUUAUUAAUUAAUUAAUUCAGCCUUUUGUUAUUGCAAAUCUGAUGAUAAGUUGGUGAUGACAUCGAAAGGGGGGUGCAAGUUGGUGUUAUUUUAUCCGGGGUUUUUAUUUCUUUGUAAAAAUAAAAAAAAUAUAUAGAUAUAGUACGUCGUAUCUGCUCUAUCCUUAUCCCUGCAGUGUCAUAAUACCGUUGUUUUGUCAUCAAUCAAGUCCGUCCGGGUAGUUGGUACCCGUACUUUUAAGACAUGUAUUUCUUUUCUUCGGUUCUUUCAUGCACUUAAAUGUUCUUGUUAUGGCACAUUAUUAAUUAUAUAUGUAUAGAUAAUAAAGUGUGUUCAUGUGCUUCAUCUGAGACUUUACCUUUCUUCUUCCCUAGCCAGCCUCAAGUCAAGUGGAUCAUGUGAUGAUGCCUGGAUUAUCUAGGCAAAAUUGCUACGGGUACAAAUUAAAAUGAAGGACUUUCGGGCAAGGGCCCUUCAGCCUUCACCUUGGUUUGGUCACCUCCAUGCAUGACUGCAUGGGCCUGUUUGGAACAUAGAAAUUUUACGAUUUUCUUGUAAAGUAACUUUAAAGAAAUUUGCUACUUUAAUUCAGUUUCAUAGGAAAA